GCAGCGGCGGCGACCGCAACAGCACCCGGGAGCCUCGGAGACGAGGGGCAAGUGGCGGAAGGAAGGAAGGACGGCUGCUGCCGCAGCAGUUGAAGGCCAAGGAAUUAAAAGGGCUGCAGGGGGAGGCAGUGCGAGCCAGCCCCGACUGCUCCUCCUCUUCCUCCUCCUCCUCCAAACUCGCAGGGCUGAGCCCCAGCGCUUGCUUAGCCGCCGGGAGCACCGGGAGGGACGGGAGGCAGCCGCGCGGCCCAGAGCUGGGCAGGGUCUCCAGUCGCCAUGGAUAGCGACGACGAGAUGGUGGAGGAGGCGGUGGAAGGGCACCUGGAUGAUGAUGGAUUACCGCAUGGCUUCUGCACUGUCACCUAUUCCUCUACAGACAGAUUUGAGGGGAACUUUGUUCAUGGAGAGAAGAAUGGACGGGGGAAGUUCUUCUUCUUUGAUGGCAGCACCCUGGAAGGGUAUUAUGUGGACGAUGCCCUGCAGGGCCAGGGAGUUUAUACUUACGAAGACGGGGGAGUUCUCCAAGGCACCUAUAUAGACGGAGAACUAAAUGGUCCGGCCCAGGAAUACGACACAGACGGGAGGCUGAUCUUCAAGGGACAAUAUAAAGAUAAUAUUCGGCAUGGAGUUUGCUGGAUUUAUUACCCAGAUGGAGGUAGCCUUGUAGGAGAAGUAAAUGAAGAUGGAGAGAUGACUGGAGAGAAAAUAGCCUAUGUGUAUCCUGAUGAGAGGACUGCACUUUAUGGAAGAUUCAUUGAUGGAGAGAUGAUAGAAGGAAAACUGGCCACCCUUACAUCCACUGAAGAAGGGAGACCUCACUUUGAACUGAAGCCUGGAAGUUCUGUGUACCAUUUCGAUAAGUCAACUUCAUCUUGCAUUUCUACCAAUGCUCUUCUUCCAGAUCCUUAUGAAUCAGAGAGGGUUUAUGUUGCUGAAUCUCUAAUUUCCAGUGCUGGAGAAGGACUGUUUUCAAAGGUAGCUGUGGGACCUAAUACUGUUAUGUCUUUUUAUAAUGGGGUCCGAAUUACACACCAAGAGGUUGAUAGCAGGGACUGGGCCCUUAAUGGGAAUACUCUCUCCCUCGAUGAAGAGACAGUCAUUGAUGUGCCUGAGCCCUACAACCACGUAUCCAAGUACUGUGCCUCUUUGGGUCACAAGGCAAAUCACUCCUUUACUCCAAACUGCAUCUAUGAUAUGUUUGUCCACCCCCGUUUUGGACCCAUCAAGUGCAUCCGCACUCUCCACACUGUGGAGGCCGAUGAGGAGCUCACUGUUGCCUAUGGAUACGACCACAGCCCCCCAGGGAAGAGUGGACCUGAAGCCCCCGAGUGGUACCAGGUGGAGCUGAAGGCCUUUCAAGCCACCCAGCAGAAGUGAAAGGCCCGGUGGCUCUUGGAUUCAGAGACCUGGAGUAGAAACUUGGAUCUAUGCACUACGUUUAUCUGACAACGGGACAACCAGGGACUGCUCAUGCUGUGACAUCACAUCCUCUCACCCUGCAUUAGCAAUGACUUUCUUGCAUACUAACUAGGUUAGACUGUAUUACUCAUACCAGAUUUAAAAUUAGCUAGCCUUGCAACAACGUCCUACUGAGAGGUAGUGUUGAACAUUUGACAUAAGACAGCAUGAUAUUCUUUGGUGGUUCAAGUCUAAAUCUGUACCACAUUCAGAGAUGCCAAAUGAUUAGACUGCAAAAGGGAAAUGGGGCUUUUCAGUCAUUUUUAGUCAGUGGUUUUUCCAUGAUGUUUUGUUUUGUUUUUUCCUAUUGCCAAUGAAAGUUAUCUUAUUACAUUUGCAUAUGUGCUAUAUGGAAGGUAGAGAAUUACUACAUUUUUAUAUUCUCUCAAUGUAGUAUAAUUUGCCUUUUAACCUUUGAUCUGUAUCUUGCAAUAGAAUGGCUUUGUUUUUUUCUCCUAGCCCACUUUUUGACUCAUUUCACCCCUUGUUCCUAUUCCCUAUAUUAGAUAUCUUUUACCAGAGAAAACCUUCCAAAUGGAUUUUGUGUCCGUGGCAGUGUAUAGGUCUCUCUGGCUCUUUCUAGGUCAUUGUUUCAUUAUUAUUGUCCUAAUAUUGAAAAGCUGGCUCAUAGGGCCAGAGUAUUAUUAUAGAAUUAUUAUUCUCGCAUGUGAACAAAGAUAUCUUUGCUUUAAGACGUGAGAAGAAAGAAGGUUACUCUGUUUGCAUUAAGUUAGGGAAGAGUUGUAAUAUAUAUUUUCAGAAAGAAGAGAGGGAAAUUAAUAUUUCUAAGCACUACCUGUGGCAAUUUUGCAAUAUCUUUAAUAGUGCUAGUAACUUUUCUCCUUGGGUACACAUUAAAUGUACAUAACAUAGAACAGUCUGGCUUGUGCCAUAGUGCAUUGAAUUCAGAAGUCAAAUAGCAAACUUGAAUUCUAACACAGAAUUUUAAAGUUUUUUUUUUAAUCAAUAUUAUUAAGGCAGACAUGCUGAUCACUAGAUACAAAUCAAACCCAAAAGCUUAAACUCUUCUACAUUGUAAUUUCACAGCACUUACCUGCUUCAGUGCAUUAUAAAUUAAGAGUAACACCUGUAUAGUUUAAAGCAACAAUAUCAGUAGCAUUUCAGCCAUUUGCAAGCCAUGU